AUGGGUGAUCCUCCGCCAGCAGAUUCAAGCAGCGGUGAGGAGGAGUUCGGUCCUCUGCCCAUUCCAGAGCCCCCGAAGGCCGUUCGCAAGCGCAAGGUCGAAAUCAACGACUCGAUCUACCUGCAGCACCUCCCCGAUGCCAGUAGAUACGAGCGCAGCUUCGUGCACAAUACGACAGUUCGACACGUUGUUUGCAGCGCACCCACGCGCUACAUCGCCACCGGGAGCGACGAUGGUUACAUCAGCUUCUGGUACUACGAAAACGACGGCGUGCAAUUCGUCAAGCGGAUAGAGGCGCACAAGGCCCGAAUCACGCAGAUGCGCGGUUCGCGAGAGGGACUAUUCCUGGGCAGCAUAUCGCUCGACCGUACGUACAACCACAUCGACUUUGCGUCCUUCGACGUGGUCAGCAAGGUGUCGCUGAACUUCGUCCCACUGUGCUUCGAAUUCAUUUCAAACCACACCUCUCCACAUACUAUUGUUGCUAUCGCAUCCGCUGGUGACAGCCGGGUAUCCCUCUUCAAGCCCACGAUGAGCUCGACCGCGAUCUGCUCGCUCGCAAUCGCCACCCCUGACAUCCACACCCUGGUCUACAAUGCGCGCUUCGACGUGUGCUUGGCAGCCAACAGGCUGGGCGACGUCGACGUGUUCGACGCCAACACCUUCAAGUUCCCCGUCAAGCACUCGCAGCUCACGUUCCGCAUGAAGGGGGAGACCGACCUUUACGAAUUCCACAAGGUGAAGACCCACGUGGUUUCGAUCGCAAUUUCGCCGAAUGGGGAGUUGGCGGCCAUGCACUGCCACGACGGCCUCAUCAGGUUGUUCCGGUUCCGCACGCUGAAGCUCUACCGCGUGUACGACGAAAGCGCGCUGAUGUACUCCGCCGUGCAGAGCGACCCUAAGUCGGCGGUGCUCCACAUGGACUCGGCCGAGUUUUUGAAGAGGAGGGCCUACGAGGUGGAGCUCUUCAAGGUCGGGGUCGACUGUGGGGAAUACAGUGGCCUCUGUUUCGACUCGUCCUCCAACUACCUCAUUUACCCCUGUAUGCUGGGAAUUAAGGUCGUUAACGUGGUGAAUAACAAGCUGGUGCGUAUAAUUGGGCGUUUGGAGCACUCGGUGCGAUUUUUAAAGUUGGACCUCAUGCAGCACGUCUCGAGGAAGCGCCAUAUGGGUUCUGCGGGGUCGGGUGCCAACCAAACCCUCGACCCGCUUGUCAUCGCAACUGGCUUCCAGAAAAACCGUUUGUACGUUUUCAGCAACCGCGAGCCCAGCCAGGAAGAGCUGGAAGGCCGAGACGUCGGCACCGCGUCAGAUCCACGUGACACCUCGGCGCCUGCGCGCACAGGCGGACGCCUUGCACGCGAGGCCGUGAUCCACACCAGCAUGGGCGACAUCCACGUGCGCCUGUUUUACAAGGACUGCAAACGUACCGUGGAGAACUUCACGGUGCACGCGCUCAACGGGUACUACAACGGCUGCACGUUCCACCGCGUCAUCCCCAAUUUCAUGAUUCAAGGCGGCGACCCAGGAGGAGACGGUACCGGUGGCGAGUCGAUUUGGGGAAGCGAGUUCGAGGACGAGAUCGUGCCACACCUCAAGCACGACCGGCCGUUUACGCUGUCAAUGGCUAAUGCAGGUCCGAACACCAACGGCUCGCAAUUUUUUAUCACUACUGUGCUGUGCCCCUGGCUGGACGGGAAGCAUACGGUCUUCGGGCGGGUCAUCGGUGGCACCGAUGUCGUGCAGGCUAUAGAGCGGGUGCCGACAAACAGCGACGACAAGCCGCUGACUGACGUCACCAUCAUCAACGUGAAGGCGGUGAUGUGA